AUGAACGAAGAAAUUAUAAGAAGUCAGGCACGACCUUACUAUGAACCAGAUACAUUUGAUGCUGGUUAUUCGGCUGUUUUUAGACCAGAUAAAGGUGUUGUAGAUCCUUAUGGUUUUAAUAUUGCAUCAAAGUUAAAAAUAGUUCAAUCAAAUAAUGGGGGACUUGCAGAUUUGAAAAAUGUGAGUAAAAGCAAUGGUAUUUUAUGGAAUUUCAUUCCAAAAUGGUUUACUUGGUCAAGUCAUAAUAAUAAAAAUAUUAAUAAAUUGUCUUCUAGUAAUAAAAUUUUACUUUCAGAUACAGAUCAAAAUAUCAACAAGAAUCUAGAUGCAUUAGAAUGGCCCGAUUUAUUAGAUAUUGAUGUUGGUAAACGUAUAUUAAACCAAUUACUUGGAGAACUUACAAAAAUGUAUUUACGCCAUUUAGUGCAACAACCAUUUGAAGUCAGCAAGGUGCUUCUACAAGUUGGUGAUUUCACAAGCAUUUCGGCAGAAAAUAAUAGGAAUAAAUUUAAGGAUUCAUCUGCUGAAAACCCUGGCAUACUAUUGGAAGAUCAAGAAAAUGAUACGGAUGCAGAGCUUGAGUUUUUCUCCAAAAAACCAAUUAAUGCUUCGAAUGAAGUUGAGAAUAAAAAAGCUAUUAAGGGACGAGUUGGAAAAACUGAUAAAGUGAUUGUUGAGAAUAGAAUAAACCCUGAAUCAUUGCAUAUAAUGGAUAUUAUAAAUUCAUUAAUUGAAAAAGAAGGUUUGAGGGGUGUGUGGAGAGCAAAUAAUACGACAUUUAUUUAUAAUUUUUUGAACAUGACAUGUAACAUUUGGUUCAUUGGUUUGUUAUCACCAUUUUUUGGAAUAUCUGAUCCACAUUUUUUCGACACAAUUUUACAAACAGCUACAUCAUACUCAACAAUAGACGAUAUUAAGAUUUCUCUAGGUCUAACUAUCUGUUCUAAUAUUUUAACCAAUAUUCUUUUAGUUCCACUAGAUUUAAUAAAAAUUAAGUUAAUAACGACAUCCAUAGAGGGUUUCACAGUCAAUAAAGACAUUGACACUGAAUUUCCAGCUGAAGAAGUAAAAGAAUUAGAAAUUUUACCAAUAGAAAAAUCGCGUAGUUUACGAAAUAUAAUUAAAAGUUGGUCUUGGAAAGAAGAUCUGUUAAAAUUACCAGCUGAUAUAUGGUUUUUCACCAUCUUAAACUCUUUGGUAAGUAUAAACAGAUCUUCAUCUACUGUUUUUGGAGAGAAAUUAUUCACUUUAUUAUGGGUACAUUAUUUACGUCAGACAAAAGAAUCGUCAAAACUGAAGUUAUAUAAUUUAUCAUUUUGUUGUUUUCAAAUACUGGGCAUAUUUCUUAAAUUACCAAUUGAAACGAUACUCCAUCGUUGUCAGGUAAAAUAUUUACUAAAUAGAAAUAAAGAAAGGGAGGACCAGCUAUGCAUUCGAAGUGAUGAAUUGAUCAUUAAGCCUAUACCAUACGAUAAUGGUCUGUUUGAUAAUCUGAUUACUAAUUCAACAACAUCUGAUGAAAAGGAAAAUAAUCUUGCCAGCAAAAAAAUCAAGGCUUUAUGGAAUGGUUGGAGAAUAAGCGUUGUCAGUUUGUUAUGUGAUUACAGCUUAAAGGUAUUGCAGAAAAAUGAUAAAUCCAUCGAAUUCGAAUUCUAA